CGGCUGGAGCAGGCACAGCGGGAGAUGCGGGAGCUGAUCCGGCAGCGCGUGGAGCAGCUGGUGCAGCUGAUCCGGCGGGAGGAAGAGGAGCUGCUGGGGCUGGUAGAGACGCGGCAGGAGCAGGGCCGGCGGGAGCUGGCGAGGGAGCUGCAGCGCGUGGAAGGGGUGCUGCGGCGGAUGGAGGCAGGCGAGCGGCUGGUGGAGAAGAUGAGCCUCUACGCCACGGAGCAGGAGGUGAUGGACAUGCAGCCCUUCAUCAAGGGAUCGCUGGAGGAGCUGCAGCAGCUGGAGCCGGCGGCGGCUGGGGACCGAACGCAGCCCAGGGACUUUGGGGAGUGCAGAGCCAGGCUGCAGGCGCUGGUGGAGUGUGUCACGGGGCACCCAGAAGCCACCCCAGCUUCAGCCAUGGAAAACUCCCACCAGGUCUCCUCCUCCACCCCUGCAAAGAGGAAGAAAGUCCAAAAUGCAAAUGUCCUGACAUUGCCAGUGAAGGUGAUGAAGGUCGAAGACAAUGAUGAUGAGUGGAACCAGAUGGUGCCGCAACAGCCAAGCUGCUGGAACAAGUCUGGGUCUAGCUGUUCAGUGUCCCCUAUGACUCCAACCAAGGAGGACAGCCUGCUGGAAGACGUGCCAGAUGGCAACAGUGGGCUGCAUGGCUCAGGCAGUGAUACUCUCUUCUUGGACAGCUUUGAGGUGGGCAACACGGAUGAGAAGUCAACGGACUGCAGUCUGCUAGAUGACCUCAGCAACAUCCUCGAUGAGAGCAGUGGUGAAGACUACCUGGGCCUUCCCAUCAGCAGCCAGAACACAGUGGAUACAAGACAAGGAUCUCUGGUCUUCUUUGAUGUGAAAAUUUUGAAAAAUGAAAGCAUUCAAAUGAUGGUGGUAGAUGGAGAGAAAAUAUUCCCAGUUUUGAUUCAGCCAGUGAAAUAUUUGUCCAGCUUGAUGGCCAAAAAUAGUGUCUAUGAGAUCGGUCUGAGUAAUCUGCUGUGCCACCUCAACACUGUCCACAGGCCCAUCCUCGGUGGCUUUGGUCUCUGGUCACUCCUCUUUCCCACCCUCUUGAAAGCACUGACAGUCAUGAACAAGAAAGAGGAGUUCAGCUCUGUUGUGUAUGGUUUCCUGGACAUUUUGCCCCUGAUUAAGGAGAAGAUCCCUGAGGAGGAUAACUACAAGCUGAAGAACUUGGCCAACACUUACCUCUGGAGGCAUUUCGGUGACUGCAGCACCAUGGAGAAUGCCAACAUCGUGAAGUACCUGUGUGAGGUCCUGGACGUCAACCUGGUGAAGAAACCCAGGCUGAUCCUCAGUCAAGUCAGCCUGGAGUCCUUUGUCUCUCUCCAGCCCUUGUUAGCAAAGAAACUCCUCACCAAGCAAUCAGCCCAAACAUUGGCCACCCACAACAUCGGCCUCUCUGAGCUCUGGUCCUGCUACCAGAACAACCCCCAGAAGGGGCUCCAGAAAGUGUGCCGUUUCAUCAAUGCUCAAUGGCACAGCUCCGAAAAGGAAGUCCAAAACCUGAGCAAGCUCAAGGUCUACUUCCAGUGCCAGGAGCAAUCAGCUGAAAGCCAGAAGACCCUGGCAGGCAGCAAUUUCCCAAGAGCCAUAAAGAGCAAGGAAAAGUGUUGA